UUUUUCAUUUUUUAUUUGUUUCCCAUCACCCAUCCUCUUCUUCUUUAAUCUCGCUCUCUUCUGUUGUGUGUGUGUGCGCGCUUUACAGCAAUGAACAAAGGAACGGGAGCGGGAACUGGGCCGACGGCGGCGGCUGCAGCAGCGGCGGCACAGAAGCAGAAAACUAUGAUGCAGCGAGUGGAAACCGACAUCGCCAACAUCGUCGACAACUUCACCCAGCUUGUUAACGUUGCCCGGGUAAAUGAUCCACCAGUUCGAAAUUCACAAGAAUCUUUCAUGAUGGAGAUGCGUGCAGCCAGAAUGGUCCAGGCAGCUGAUUCUUUGCUUAAGUUAGUGUCUGAGUUGAAGCAGACGGCAAUCUUUUCAGGAUUUGCAUCACUUAAUGAUCAUGUCGAGCGAAGAACUACUGAGUUUAACCAACAAGCAGAGAGAACAGAUCAAAUGUUGGCCAGGAUCGGAGAAGAGGCUGCAGCAAGCCUCAAGGAGCUUGAAUCUCAUUAUUAUUCUUCUGCACAGAGGACACCUGACACUGCAUAGCGAUAGAAGAAACAGGUUGCUGUAAUCAAUAGUUUCCGAACAAGUUUAUAUUGUUGGCUUAUUCAGAGAAUAUGAAGGAUUCAAAUGCUUUCUGUGUAAAAACUGAUGCUUCAGUUUCAUUAUCUGUUUCCAGCUUAAACCAUGUUGCAAGAUAUGUGAAUCUGCAUAUCUAACAAGUUUACUGAGCGUUCAAGUUUGAGUUUAUUUAUGGCAUGAAAAAGCAACGAAUGUUAUCAA